AUGACGGUGGCCUGGUUAAAGCCGAGGAGGAGGAGGCGCACCUGGCGGAGGAGGCGGGGAGCGGCGAGGGUCCCCGGAGCGAGCGCGCCCAAGGCUCCCCUCCCCGCGCCUGGCCCGCCCGCCCGGCGGUGUGGCGCCAGCCCCGCCAAGCCCGCCGACCUCAGCGGCACCUGGAACCUGCUCAGCAGCGACAACCUCGAGGGCUACAUGCUGGCCCUAGGCAUUGACUUUGCCACCCGCAAGAAAGCCAAGUUGCUGAAGCCACAAAAAAAAGUGAUUGAGCAAAAUGGGGAUUCUUUUACCAUCCACAGGUACAGCAGCUUAAGGAAUUACCUUGUUCAAUUUAAAGUUGGAGAAGAAUUUGAUGAAGACAACAAAGGCCUGGAUAACAGAAAAUGCAAGGAAAAAACACAAGCUCUUCACUUUGCAAGCUUGGUUACCUGGGACAAGGGCAGACUCACCUGUGUCCAGAAGGGGGAAAAGAAGAACAGAGGCUGGACCCAUUGGAUUGAAGGGGACAAACUCCACCUGGUACUCGCCACGUUUGGUUCUUAUUUUUGAUGAGAUGAGACAAUAUUAAAGAAAAUGUUAAACAGGAAACCAUGACCAAUAAUCCUACCAUUU